AGUCCGGCUCCGCGGAAAGGCCUAACCCGGCAGGGCUUGCUUGGGUCGAAUGUAUAGGCUCGGCUUUGUGGUUGAGUCCGGGUCUCCGCCACUGGGCGCGGGAAGAUGGUGCUGGGUGGUUGCCCGGUGAGUUACUUACUUCUGUGCGGCCAAGCGGCUUUGCUGCUGGGGAAUCUACUUCUGCUGCACUGUGUCUCUCGGAGCCACUCGCACAACGCUACGGCCGAACCCGAGCUCACAUCCGCUGGCGCCGCCCACCCAGAGGGCUCUGCCGGUGCUCCGAGCUGGGAAUAUGGCGACCCCCAGUCUCCAGUCAUCCUUUGCUCUUACCUACCUGAUGAAUUUAUAGAAUGUGACGACCCAGUGGACCAUGUUGGAAAUGCAACUGCAUCCCAGGAACUCGGUUAUGGUUGUCUCAAGUUCGGUGGACAGGCCUACAGUGACGUGGAACACACUUCUGUCCAGUGCCGGGCCCUCGAUGGGAUUGAGUGUGCCAGUCCUAGGACCUUCCUGCGGGAGAAUAAACCUUGUAUAAAGUACACGGGACACUACUUCAUAACCACUUUACUCUACUCGUUCUUCCUGGGAUGUUUCGGAGUGGACCGGUUCUGUCUGGGACACACUGGCACCGCAGUGGGGAAGCUAUUGACACUUGGAGGACUUGGGAUUUGGUGGUUUGUUGACCUUAUUUUGCUCAUUACCGGAGGGCUGAUGCCAAGUGAUGGCAGUAAUUGGUGCACUGUCUACUGAGAAGGGCUGUGGUCGUGGCCCAGAGAGGCGCGUCUUCUGAAUUCAUCUCUACAGGCGCAAAACUCUUCCUUGAUAACAGACCUGACCAUUACUCUCCUUCUUCAGAGGGAAUGGGUUUGGUUAGGAAGGUUUCUUUGGACUCUGGGUUUUCAACCCAAAUUUUAUCUUGCAGACUAGCAAUGACAAGCAAACAGUGUUUGGGAAUCAAGUGUGUACCUUUCCUCACAUAUAACAUAUAAAGGAUAGUGACUAACUUAUAAAUUGCAGGGGUUUCCAUACUGUAUUUCUAUACAUUGCUGUAUCUUCAGUACAUUGGAGCAAGUGGACCCGACAAGAUGAGCAAAGUGAAUAUUUUUAGGUGCCUUUUGUGACCCUGAAUCUUCAUGCAGAGGAGAGGUGAAGCUGAACCAGUGAAGAUCUUCAGCAGAAGUCAAAUGGCCAUGGAUUUUAAUACUCACUGAAAUUCUGACUUUCUGAAUUUAAGUUGUGGAAUAAAUUUUGCCAACCUGGAAUGCUGUUUGGUAUUUUCAGUAAGUAGAGUGAGACUCAAAAUUCUGUAUGUUUUGCUAAAAGCCAGGCAUUUGAAAUGAACCACUCUACUAAUAAAUCCUAUUGUUACAUCA